GUCCAAGAUGGCCGCCGCAAAGUGAAGUAUUUUACACCAGACGCAAUUUUACCUUUUUAAAAACCCUUCGAAGGACGAAGAUAUCAUACAACUUUUAACAAAAUGUUUUGGGGAAUUACACUAGAUGUUGGGAAGCGUUAUACUCAAACAGUUGAGAAAUCCUUUCACUUAUCAAUGGCUGCACUAGGCUUCAACAACACUACUGCUGAUCCUGUUACUAUUAUGGUAGAAGUAGACAAGGCACAAUUUGCUCUUUGUACUCUACAGCCAGGAAGAAUCCCUCAGCAGACACUGGAUAUUGCUUUCACAGAAGGAGAGGAAAUUACUUUUUAUACAGAAGGAAAUAAUGAAGUUCAUUUAACUGGUUAUCUAGUUGAAGAACCAGAAACUAUUGAAAUGGAUGAUGAAGACUUUUCGAUACAAAGUGAUGAAUCUGUAUCAGGAAGUGAUGAGUCAGCAUCAGACUCCAACAAAAGUGAAGAUGAGGAAAAUGAUGUGUCAUCGUCUAAUGAGUCUGUAACAUUGCAACAUUUACUUGUUGGAGAAAAUGUAUCAGAUGAUGAUGACCAGUCUGACAAUGACUGGGACCCCUCUAGGGAUAACCCUUCUUCAAAGGCAAAAAAUAAAAGUGCUAAGAAAUCUCAGAAGAAUAAGAAAAAGGAGACACAAAAUGCUGAGCCAAAGGAGGAAAAUGUAUCUAAUGGGGCAGCUGUACAGCAAUCAGAUGGAUUGGCAACAAUGCUUUGGGAUGAUUCACUAGAUAGUGCUGAUGAAAGUAAUGAUUACAUACCAGAAAAGAAAAAGAAAGAACAGGAAUCUGCCAAGAAACAAAGUCCAAAGAAAAAAGGCAAAAAGAGAAAAUUAAAAGAAAGUACUGGGAGUGAAAUUACUCGGAAAAAUGAACCUGAAAAAGAAAAAAAGUCUAAAAAGAGAACUUCUAAAAUCGGUAGUGAUUCUUAGCAAUCUUGACUUGCAAAGAAAUAGUAGGUUUUUAUCUAAAUACCACAUGUAACUAUAGACAGGCAUAUUCAUGUCAUGUUAGAUCUACCUGUAGAGCUGAUUGAUCCUCUGCUUUAGACAUGAGUAUAGGUACUCCUGCUGUAGAUAGAUCUCAGUACUUCAUUAUAAAAAAUAAUCAGUACUAGCAUUGGUUGUCAUAGAAACAUUCCUCAUUUUUAUGCACUAGUUACAGUUUUUGAGGUGCUUCAAGAACUUGGCUAAAUCUAUAGUCUUUUUAGGGAAUUUUGUUAACUUAAAACAAAUAUUUUUUAGAUUAUGAUUCAUCACCCUUUGUUGUUUUUGUUAUUUUAUAGCCAACGCAUCUUAAUUCUUUCCCUUAUAUUCAUGCCUUCAAUGGUAUCUUUUAGUUUAUAUUUUAUUAACAACCCCUUCGUUUUAAAUAUAUAUUUGACAUCUAUAAAUGCAAGCUUUAAUUUCCUUCUUGUUUUUUCAUCAAUUGAUCUUCACUUUCUUGUUUUUUCAAGUCUAUAAGUUUCUUCAUUAGUGUAUCUCUUUUUAUUGCACAUUCUUUUAUUAAACUGUUCAGUUUAUCCAAGAAAUUCUGGCAAUACUCUGACAGUGCAAUGCUUCCUGCAAGAAAAAUUAUGUAUGAAUUUUCAGUACUGAAACAGAAACUUGGCAGCAACCAUUUAAGUCAUGCAGUAAUAUGAAGACAGUAAUAGACAUAGCCCUUUUCUUCAAUCAAGGUAUAUUCAUCAUGCUAGUUGCUGCCCAAUGUUGUAUGUAUUUAUAAUGUUUUCAAAAUUGCUUACUUACCUGCAGAAUCUUUAUUUCUGUGAGACUGAAGACAUUCAACAGCAUCUGAAAUCUUCAUUAAAAUAUCUGUAUAAGUAACACUGCAGCUCAAAUAUGCUUCAAAUAAGAACAGAACUGUUUUCAUAGUACCUUUUCAGCAUUGUCUUUGAAUGCUGUAAGAAAAAGUCUAAGGUCUUCUUCAGAUGUGGUGGUUCUUAGAGCUUCGUAAUACUCUAGAAUCCCUGUAAAAUGAGGCAGUAAAUCCAUGGUGAAAUAUUAUACUGUGUGGAUGAUAACAUCAUUGUGCCAUCACUUACUUUCUAGUGGUUCACACAACAUUUCAGAUGUGCUUUUCUCAAAUUCUGUGUAUGCAGUUCUUUGAAUAAAAUAGUUGUUCACGUCAGUAUAGAUGACAAUGGAAACUAAUUAGAUUUUUAAAAUAAUUAUAUCAUAAACCCACCUGAUGGAUGAUAGUACUGACUCAGUAUAGUCCAGCUGUAACUGAUACAUUCUUUGGUGAAAGGAUAACUCUUCUUUUAGAAUCUUUAUCUACAUUUUAUAUCAAAUUAUAUAUAUUUAAUGAGGAAAAACAUGAUAGUAAUCAGUCACCCAGGAGAAGUCUGUAAUAAACCACUUUACCUUGGGCAUAAUGUUUUACCAUUUCAGACAACUCUUAUCAUUCCCUUGAGAAAUAAUAUUCUUUGUUUGAAUCGUAUCCAUAUUCAAUAUUGCCUUCUCAUACAUAACAAAUAAACAAAGAAAUGAUACUCUAGGGAAUGACAUGAUUUGAAAUGAGAAAACAUUACACCCAAGAGGUCUGUUUGAUACAGAACAACUCUAAAAUGGAUUUUCUCACCCAAACUCACUUCAAUUUCAAAAUUGUUGAUUGUACAAUAAUCUUAAAGCCUAUUAGAUUAUCACCAUGGUAACAGACCUCAAUUAAAUGCAUGUGUUGAUCAUAACUGACAGCCUUCAUUAGAGGAUCAAUCACUGACCGAAUCUGUAAAAACAAAGUUUUAACACAUACUAUGUUAAUAAACAUGAUCCAUGGGUUAUUAGCAUGACAUUACA